AUUGCUGAUGUUCAGACUCACUCCUUGGAAAAUCGGAUGGAAUCUUUCUUUCUUGCUGAGACGACAAAAUAUCUCUACCUUCUAUUCGACGAUGAAAAUUUCGUACACUAUUCAUUUUCCCAAGCUACUGCUUCCACCGCCUAUUCACUCCCUCCUUCGAUCGAGUCCGAAUUAUCUCUUGAAUCUGAAGUCUCCAAUUUUGACUCUGCUUCCACCUGGUCAUCUCCGGCAGGCACUGAAUGCUCAACUGGCCGCGGUGGUUACAUUUUUAAUACCGAGGCACAUCUUAUCGACCCAGACGCCCUCAAAUGCUGUACCAUCGGUAUAGUAAUUUUUUAG